AUGUCGUUCAGAUCAAUCGCCCGUCCUACCUCUUCGAUCAGAAAAUCAGUAGCCAUAAGGGCGAUAUCGACUUCAUCUCCCGCAAAGGCGAGUCAUGAUGAUUCUCAUCAUGGUCAUGCCGAAGGUCCAGAUGAUGCUUAUACCACUGAAUCAUUCUUCACACCAUUCUGGCGAAACACCUUGAUCCUCACAACAUUAACAGUGUUAAUCUAUCCUUAUUUACCUUCACCUUCAUCUUCCACAACAUCACCUUCUUUAGAUCCAGAGACAUUUUCGCAAUCGACAAAAGACAAAUCAUUACCUUAUAUCACAAGAUUAUUGACUCAAAUCACACCCGAAGCUAAAGUAUGGACGGAAAGGAAUGAUAAACAUUUAGAAUUGACUAAAGAAGCUGCUGAAACUAAAUUAUUGUUCCAAGAGGCUGAAAGACCAAGAGUAUGGAGAAUGAGAUAUCCUAGCGCGUUCGAACAAGCUUCACCACACAGUAUCCCAGUAGGAUCUCAAACCGACCUGUCAGAUCUUAAAGUCCAACUUUGA